UCGCCACAUUUCCACAAGCACACAGUCAAUGCAUAGUAUCCGGCACAGUUAGCGCCUGCCCACUGGAGCAGCAGAUUAGCAGCAGCAUGCCGGACAUCCCGCUAAACCCUCUCGCGGUUAAGGGCAAGGGCCGCCCCUUUGGAGCGAUUGCCAUGAAGAAGGGCGAAGGCAUCAAGAGUACCAAGCGGCUACCUUCCGCGUUCGAACACGAGCUUAAGAAUGAACUGGCUACGGCCAUUCCCUCGUCGACAGCCCCGCCGGUGCUGCAGGGAGCAUCCAAAAGCAAGGCACGAGGCCGCUGCCGAAAGCAGCCACAGCAGACACAGCCACAGCAGCAGAAGACUCAGGAAGCUGACUGUAUCGUGGUCGCCGGUACCUCUGGAGAACAGACGAGCACACCUGCCGAGGAGAUCAGAACUAUAUCGCUGGGUCUGCAGCGGUUAAGCCAGGCUGGGGAGAAUACGUUCGAGCCUGGACCUAUUCGCCCUCGAGGCCACUAGCGCAUUGCUGACGGCCUUGAGCCCGUAGAUUCAGAUGUUGAAGAUGUCCAUGAUGGCCUACUUCGGGACCUCGAGGCUGACGGACUCGCGCUUACGGAGGAUGAUCUGGUUCUCCAGGAUGGAAGCGAUGAGACAGUCUGAUAGGAUCCAAGUGUAUCUUUCCCAUGCUCAAAGUCUUUGUAGGCAGGAUUUGG